AUGGAGAAGAGAUCUAUUUCUCUUUUAAAUGUUGUGAUGAUUUUAAGUAUGUUAGUAACAACAUCACAUGCACGCCAAAUUGAUGCUAUUACAUGUCCUGAUGCUCUUUUAUCUUUGCUUCCAUGUCUUCCUUAUUUGCAAGGAACUGGCCCUACUACACCAACUAGUGCUUGUUGUGCAGGUGCAAAUAAUUUAAAUCAAAAGGCAGACACCACUCAAAGUCGAAGAGAUGUAUGCAAUUGUCUCAAACCUGCUGCAGCAAGAUUUGGAGUUAAUCCCGACAGAUCAAAACAAUUGCCAAACCUUUGUAAAAUUAAUCUUUCAGUUUCAUUUGAUCCUAGCAUCGAUUGCAACACAGUUCCAUGA